AUGAACAAUCUUGUUUAUGUCCAAUUUAAUGCUAAUUUGAUGGAAAAAAACAAAAAGAGAAAAGAAAGGAAUAUGGAAGUGUUAUUAGCUAAUGAUAGUCACACGGCUCAAGAAUGGAUUGUUGAUUGUGGUGAUUGUGAUGAAGAUGAAGUUGGCAUAGUUGGUGAUGGUCAAGGAACCGAUGAACUCGGACAAAGUUCAAGAACAAGAGAACUUUUAGAUGAAGAUUUUGCGUCAGGUAGUGAGGAGGAAGUAUUUGAAGAAGUUGAUUAUGAAUCGGAUGGAGUUCACAUCAUGGAAGAAUGCGGAGAUAAAGAGUAG